UAUCCCAACAAAGAGGAAAGGGCAGCAGGGCAGAAAAAAUUGGGCUGAACGACACACACACUGAUUGAAUUGGACUGUGCGUGUCUUCACACGAGGCUCUGCUUCUCGGAAAGCUACAGCUAAAUUCAAAGUUGUGUUGCGUCACUGGGGAGGACUCCUCGGUGCAGUUCAGCUGUGAUUACACUCCUCCUCCUCUUACACAGAGCUCUGACAACCUCAGUCCUCACUGAAGCCACUGGACGUGUAGUUACCUCGCUCUUCGGUACAUAGAUGAGAUAUCCAAACAGCCAGGUAUUCUGAUUCCAAAGCCAUAUUGAUAUUGGAUGUAUGCAUGUUGUGGUACUAUCUUUAGAGGAUAGUGCAUGCCACUCCUGUUGUGCACUGAUGAGAUGACCAGGCUUCCCCAUGGAUGGAACGGUGCGUGUGUGGCUGCUGGUAGGGUUCAUCCAGGUGGUCAGUCUCUCUUGUGUCCAGUGCUCCGAGCCGGCGGUCGUGGUUGUUGAGGUUAUGUUUGGCUGCUUCCCCUCCGGUCAGGAUCCAGACUGCUACACUAUCUCCUACAGAACGGCACACAACCUCACGGUGUGGCUUGAUCCUAUUGGCCACUCUGAGAGUUCGCCUGACUGCAGGCUGCUGCUCCUCAUGGCUGAGGAGCCAGUAGAAAGUAACAUCACACUGAACGCUAUAAAAAAAACGCCACACUGGAGAUUAAGACCUUUCAUAUUGCUCCUGUCCCCCUCCUCUCUCCGUGUCGAGGUGACCACCACCAGUGCUUUGCUGUCCUGCAGCCUACAGAACCAACAGACCCUCACUGCCCUCAGUCUUCACAACCAUGCACACCAAACACACACACACACUGAACACACACACAGACCACACACACACAACUCCUCGUACGCAGUGAGAGGUCUGCAGUCUGGAGCACACUACAGCAUCACAGCAGAGUUGACCACGCCGUUCACACACCUCAACAUCAGCCUCACCCAGAGACUACACACCACCAUAGAGACAGCCCAGUGUCCUAUUGGUUGGCUGGCGAGUGGAAGGAGCUGCUAUAGUGUGAGUAGGCAGAGCCUGUCAUGUGGCGACGCCCAGCACACCUGUAUGGGCAUGGCUUCAGGCGGUCACCAGGUAGAGGUUAAAACAGAGACAGACCUCCUCCUCCUCUCACCUGACCACACAUAACAAUCUGCUACUGCUCUGGACCGCUCUCAAUGACAGAAAGGUAACACACACAUAAGCGAGUGAGUGAGAGAAACGGGCUGUGUUAGCAUGAAUGGUGUUUGCUUUUCUAAACAGGCAGACACAUUAGUUUCCUCCUUACAAAGGAGCGUGUUAGUCUGUGGUUUAAAACUAAUGUUUGGGACAUUCUCAGCAUGUCUGUCUGACACGAACAAACACAAAAUGUUUUUUUGUUGUUGUUUCUCUUCACAGGAUAAGAGGUGGCCCCACUCGUCCGAUGGCUCCUCCUACAACAUGACUAGUGCUAUGAUAUCAUCAUCGCUGCCAGCCAAUCAGACGGACUGUUUUGCCCUGCAGAAGAACUCUACUGGACCCGGCUACUUUCUUACGCCGUUCUUCUGCCACAUCCUUUUACCCUUUAUCUGUCACUGGGAAAUCCCUCUCCUCCCUCGUUUGUUCACCUUUGACCUGCUGGACAUAACAGAGAGAAAAGCAGAUAUCCACUGGAGUGACGUCACGUUCCUAAACUCCCAACCCGCCCCCCAGCUCUAUGUCCAAUACAAAGAUCAGGAGGAAGGGGAAGAAAAUGGAGAAAAGGAGAAAGAAAGGGAGAAGAGAAGUGCAGGUCGUGUCCCAGUGUCCCUCUUGUCCAGAGGGCUGAAGGUGCCAGGUCUGUCCCCAGGGAAGGUCUACUCUCUGUCCCUCAGAGCCUCUCACUUCACUGGGGCCGCUUGGCACCUUGGGAACACGCACAUCACUCACACACGGCCCCUUCCCCCUCGGAACAUCACCAUUUGCAAUGUGACAGCCAGUCAGAUCACAGUAAGCUGGACGGCCCCAGACUCCCAGCAUGCUGUGCAGUGGGGCUUCCUGGUUUGCUGGGGGGAUGUAGCUUCAGGCCAGGAGAGGAGAAUGGGCGUGGCCAGCAGUUCCAGGUCAACUGUGAUUGGAGGACUGGAGGGGUUCAGGAAGUACAGGGUCAGAGUUAACUCAGUCACAGAGCAUGGUGUGGAAAGCUGUGGAUGAACUGACCAUACACACUGGUAUGAAACUCUGUGUUUGUGUAAUUCUUUAGGUGUGCUUCUGCCUGGUUGUGUGUCUUAUAAAUAUAUUGAGUUGUGUUUAUGUGGUUCUGUACAGUAUAUUGACUGUGUGUGUGUGUGUGUAGCGGUGAGCCCCCCAGGUUUUGUGUAUGUUUCUAGCAGAGGGGAGAAUCUGACAACGUGUUGGCCGACCCUGUCAGGUGCGUGUGUGUAGUUCUGCCAUCACCCAGCAGUGUGAGAGAGGGCUCAGUAACAGAGUCGUCAGUAGAGAUGCUUUGGGAUCCAGCCCCUGGACAUGGACACAACUAUGAAGUCAUCUGUCUCGACUGUCACCACACACUUACGAUACGUCUGUAGAGUGUGUGUGUGUGUGUGUGUUUAUAACGUGUGUGUGCAUGUAUACUGUGUGUAUGUGGUCGAGUAAAUCAAAUGUCAUGUAGACUAAGAGUGAAAUACUUACCUAAGCAGCAUUUUUUGGGCCCUUCCUAACAAUGCAAAGAGAAAACGAGAAAUUAUAGAAAAAUAAUAAGACCAGGAAUAAAUAUCCAAUGGGUAACGAUAACUUGGCUAUAUACACGGGGAACGAGGACCGAGUCAAUGUGCAGGGGUACGAGGUAAUUGAGGUAGAUAAAGUUGAAGUCGGAAGUUUAC